AUGGCCACUGGUCAAACUGGACCUCAUGGACGGUGUGCACGCUAACCUGUGGGGGCGGGCAACAGUAUCGAGAGAGGCAGUGUACCUACCCCGACAACACCUUGCAUGGACAAUACUGCCCGGGGCCCAAAAAUCAAACGCAGGUGUGCAAUUCCCGGAAUUGUCCAGUGGACGGCAUUUGGACCCAGUGGUCCGCUUAUUCCAAAUGUUCUGUUUCUUGCGCAAGUGGUUUCCAAACCAGGACAAGACAGUGCCAGUUCGAUCCAAGGUAUGACAGAGGCAAUAGCUGUCCAGGAAAUGAUACAUCUACUCAGUUAUGUGACAAUGGGCAUUGUCCUGUUGACGGUGUGUUCGAAAACUGGAGCACGUGGAGCGCUUGUCCGGUCACGUGCGGAGGAGGAAUACAAGAUCGCGUGCGCGUCUGUCAUUUCCCACCUAACGUUCCCCAUGGUUUGGCCUGUUUGGGAAUCUCACACGAAAACCAGACAUGUGGAAAUUCAGAUUGCCCAGUCGAUGGAGUAUUAACGGAAUGGUCACAGUGGGCCGACUGCACCCUAACCUGCGGAGGCGGCUAUAUGAUUAGGAAUAGGACAUGCUAUUUUCCACCCGACAAACCACACGGCCAUGACUGCGUUGGAAACCUAAAUUUUGCCAAAGCCUGCGCCUCUCAUGCAU